GUGUCUGCAUAAAUAAUGAACGAAAAGACUGAUAAAGUAAGUAUGGGGCAAGACAGCUCCUCCGACAUUGCGCUCAUCGAGGUGCUGUCGGGUCCAACCGGAAGUCGACGCAAACGCAGGCUGUCCUGGUACUAUGCGCCCUCCUUUCUGCUCCUCUGGGUGGCGCUCUUCUAUGCCAUCGUGCUGCCGCUCUACAACCGACUGCCCGAUCGAGUGACUGUCGCCGAUGAGGCCUUCAAGCCCGGACAAUUUGUCGGGGAGCGAGCACAGCGACAGCUCCUCGACUUUGAUCGCAUCGGACCCAAGGUGGUCGGCAGCAUAGCCAAUGAGGUGACAACGGUCGCCUUUCUGGUGAACGAAGCGGAGAAGAUCCGCGCCGAAAUGCGCAGCGAUCUCUACGAGCUGGAGGUGGAUGUGCAGGCACCCUCCGGUGGCUACGUGUUCGUCGACAUGGUCAACAUGUACCAAGGCAUCCAGAAUGUGGUCGUCAAACUGAGCGCAAAGAGCUCCCAGAGCGAAUCCUACCUCCUGCUCAACAGCCACUUUGACUCGAAGCCCAGCAGUCCGGGUUCCGGCGAUGAUGGCACCAUGGUGGUGGUCAUGCUGGAGGUGCUGCGUCAAAUGGCCAUCUCGGAGACGCCCUUCGAGCAUCCGAUUGUCUUUCUGUUCAACGGCGCCGAGGAGAACCCGCUGCAGGGCUCGCACGGCUUCAUCACCCAGCACGAGUGGGCGCAGUUUGUCAAGGCUUUCAUCAAUCUGGAAGUGGGCGGCAGUGGCGGCAGGGAGCUGCUGUUCCAGAGCGGUCCCAACAGUCCGUGGCUAAUGAAGUACUACAGGCAGCAUGCCUUGCACCCAUUUGCCACCACAAUGGCGGAGGAGAUCUUCCAGAGUGGAAUUCUACCCUCCGACUCCGAUUUCCGCAUAUUCCGUGACUACGGAAAUGUUCCCGGCCUCGACAUUGCCCAAGUUAGCAAUGGCUACGUGUACCACACGGUCUUUGACACCUUCGAGGCCGUUCCGGGAGGAUCCGUGCAGAACACUGGCGAAAAUAUCCUGGCCCUGGUGCGCGCCUACACCAACGCCACGGAGAUGCACAACCCAGAGGAACACGACGAAGGACACGCCGUCUUCUUUGACUUUUUGGGUCUCUUUUUUGUGUACUACACGGAGACGACGGGCAUCAUCCUGAACUGCGUCAUUGCCGUGCUCAGCCUGGUGCUGGUGGGAGUCUCCUUGUGGAGAAUGGCUCGCGUCUCUGAGGUGACAGCUGGCCAGAUGUCCAUUUGGUUCGCCAUCAUUCUGGGUCUCCAUGUGGUGGGAUUCCUGCUCUGCCUGGGCCUGCCUCUGCUCAUGGCUGUGAUGUUCGAUGCUGGCGAUCGAUCGUUGACCUACUUCAGCAACAACUGGCUGGUGAUUGGCCUCUACAUCUGUCCGGCAGUCAUUGGUCUGGUGCUUCCCCUGACCCUCUACUACACACUCAAGCCAAAUUCACAGCUGAGUCACGCAUACCAUCUGCACAUCAGUUUGCACGCUCAUUGCGUGAUCCUCGCCAUCUUGGCCAUCGUUCUGACGGCUGUUAGCCUGCGCACUCCAUACCUGUGCCUGUUGUCGAUGAUAUUCUACUCGGCUGCGCUCCUCAUCAAUCUGUUGAGCACUCUGCAUGAGCGUGGCUAUUACUGGGCCAUUACCGUGCAGUGUCUGCAGCUGCUGCCGUUCUGCUACUUUUGCUAUCUGUUCUACAUGUUCCUCGUGAUCUUCUUUCCCGUGCUGGGCCGCAAUAACAGCGGCACAAAUCCGGACCUGAUCAUUGCUCUCUUCUGUGCCUUGUGCACCUUCUUUGCCCUGGGCUUUGUGGCACAAUUUAUCAACAUGUUCCGCUGGCCCAAGCUCAUCUUGCUCGGCCUGGGCGUGGUCACCUUCAUAUUCUGCAUGAUUGCCGUCUCGGAGGUGGGAUUUCCCUACCGCCCCAAGACCAAUGUGAUGCGGGUGAACUUUCUGCACACACGCCGCGUCUUCUACGAGUUUGAUGGCUCGGUGAGUCACAGCGAUUCUGGCUAUUACUUUGACUAUCAGGACAGGAGGGAGCUGAACCCGCUGAAGGACUCCCCCACCGUCAACCUGACCGGCUUGGUGCGCGUGGAGCCCGACUGCGAGAAGUACGUGAUGUGCGGCAUUCCGUGCUUCUACUACAGCUGGUGCAGUCAGCGGACGCGGGCAGGCUGGCUGCCCCGCGAGACGGAGGUGGUUAUGCCCGGGGUGGAGCUCAAGUUUGCGCUGCUGGGCAGGACAGUCUCAGAGGCGAAUCGGACGAUACGCUUCGACUACGAGCUGUCGGGGCCGCCGCACAUGAAUGUGUUCGUGCAGCCGCUGGGCGGGGCGAAGGUGGAGGACUGGUCCUUUGUCAGAACGAUGCUGGACGAGCCGGAAAAGUUCUCGGCUCCGUACCAGAUAUUCUUCUCCUACGGAAAGGACGAUUCCCCAUUGCAAUUUCACAUCGAAUUAUCGAAAUCCGAUGGAGAUUUCGCCAGUCCCAGCCUCGAGCUGGGAAUUGUGGGGCAUUACGUGAGCUACGACUACGAGCGGGAUCCAGAGGCUCGGCAGUUCAUCAAAGACUUUCCCGACUAUGUCCACGUCAUGGAGUGGCCAUCGAUAUUUAAGCGUUACAUAUACUAGAAUAAACCAGAACUAUAAGUGUGAUUAGCCAUUACCCAUUCCCAUUACCCUCGAAACAUAUCACAAUAAAUGGCG